AAUAUCAUGAUCAUUUUAAUUUUUCUUUUCUCACAAGAACCUGUUAAAAAGUUAAUUCAAAUUGCCUUUAUACUUAAUAAUAGACACGCAUACAUGUCAUGUGCUUAUACCUCACAUCAUCAUAUUUGACACACUGUCUAAUGCUAUAUAUAUAUUCUCUUCUAUUGCUUAAUGUUAUCAACCAACUGGUUUCACUUAUAUAAUCACUUCUCUUGCAAGCACAAAGCCAUAGUUUUCCAGCUAAAAAUCUUUACGUGUUGUAAUCUAUGGCAUCAAGCUAUGCAAUUUUGCUUCUCAUUAUACUUUGUUUCUAUGCAAUUGAGGCUCAACAAUUCCAAACUGCAAAAUUAAUUGUAAAUACAUCUAUUUCAUUAGGGAAGCAAAUUCCUAACACUUUUAUGGGAGUUUUCUUUGAGGAGAUUAAUCAUGCUGGUGUUGGUGGAUUAUGGGCGGAGCUUGUGAGCAAUAGAGGUUUUGAAGCUCGGGGAGAAAACGAUCCUUCAAAUAUUUAUCCUUGGACAAUAAUUGGAGACAAAUCAUUGAUACAAGUAUCAAUCGAUCAAACGUCUUGUUUCGAACGAAACAAGAACGCAUUGAAGAUGGAGGUACAUUGUGAUAACUCCUAUUCAUGUCCUCCCGAUGGUAUUGGCAUCUCCAAUCCUGGUUUUUGGGGCAUGAAUAUUGAGAAGGGGAAGAAAUACAAACUGGUUUUUUAUGUUCGUUCAGCAGAAGAAAUUGAUCUAAAAAUUUCAUUUGUUGGAUCAGAUGAUGCUGUAAAGUUGGCUUCAAUUGACAUCAACUUGGGUAUUGAUGGAAAAACAUCAAAAUGGAGAAAGGUGGAGCAUGUGAUUGAGGCCAAUGCAACUAAUCAUAAUUCAAGCCUUCAAAUAACAACAACCGGAAAAGGGGUGGUAUGGUUAGACCAAGUAUCAGCUAUGCCCUUGGACACAUAUAAGGGACAUGGUUUCCGCAAUGAUCUUUUUCAAAUGGUGGAAGAAUUGAAACCAAGAAUAUUUAGAUUUCCAGGUGGAUGUUAUGUCGAAGGAAAUGUUUCAAAAAAUGCAUUUCGAUGGAAACAAACAGUUGGAUCUUGGGAGAACAGACCUGGACACUAUGGUGAUGUUUGGGGUUAUUGGACCGACGAUGGGUUUGGUUAUUUUGAGGGUCUCCAACUAGCAGAGGAUCUCAAUGCAUUGCCAAUAUGGGUUUUUAAUAAUGGUAUAAGCCUUUAUGAACAUGUUAAUAUCUCUGACAUUUCACCAAUUGUGCAAGAAGUGCUUGAUGGUAUUGAAUUUGCAAGAGGAAGUCCCACUUCAAAGUGGGGUUCCAUUAGAGCUUCUAUGGGACAUCCUAUGCCUUUUGACUUGAGAUAUGUUGCAGUUGGAAAUGAAGAAUGUGAAAGAGAUCUCAAAGCAACAUAUCUAGAAACUUACCCUAAGUUCUAUGAUGCAAUCAAACAAGCCUACCCAGAUAUUCAAAUAAUCUCAAAUUGUGAUGCUUCUACCUCUAAGCUACCAUUAAAUCACCCUGCUGAUUUGUAUGAUUAUCAUCGAUAUCCAAAAUCUGCCAAUGAUAUGUUUCACAUGGCUCGAGAUUUUGAUCAUACCUCCCGCACUGGUCCAAAGGCAUUUGUGAGUGAGUAUGCCUUGACCGGAGAAGAGGCUGGAUAUGGAACCCUUUUGGCAGCUGUAGCUGAAGCAGCAUUUCUUAUUGGAUUAGAAAAAAACAGUGAUGUUGUCAACAUGGUUAGCUAUGCACCACUCUUUGUCAAUGCCAAUGAUAGGAGGUGGAAUCCAGAUGCCAUUGUAUUUGAUUCUCACAAAGUUUAUGGAACUCCAAGUUACUGGGUUCUUAAAUUGUUUAAGGAAUCAAACGGAGCAACAUUCCUAAAUUCAAUUCUUCAAACAAAUUCUUCUACACUUGCAGCAUCUGCAAUUUUAUGGAAAUCUUCUAUAGAUGGAAAAUCAAUUUUGAGAAUAAAGGUUGUAAACUUGGAAAGCAAAACGGUGAAUGUUGAUAUUUUAAUUGAUGGAUUAGAAUCAAGUGUGGUCCAUUCCAAGUUAACAAGAACAGUGCUUACAUCAUCCAAUGUAAUGGAUGAAAAUUCCUUCUUACAGCCAAAUAAGGUGGUGCCUAAAGAAAGUGUAUUUGAGAAUGCUGGCAAGAUAAUGAAUGUCCAAAUUGAUCCACAUUCAGUCACGUUAUUUGAUAUACCUUAUGUGUAUAAGUAGGCUUUGUUAACAAUUAGUAAUAACCUUAGAACGUGGAUGAAAAAUGUCCACAUGCAUGGUCAUUUUAAUUAUUUUAUCAUUUGAAUGAAGCUUAUUUUUUCUCAUAAAAAUAGAGAGAAAUAUAUAGUGGUGUUAACGUUCUUCUCUUUUGACAAAUUAAAAAUGAGUAUGAAUAUUUUAUCAAUAAAAAUGUAUGAACAAUGGAUUUAUUUACAAGUCUACUCUAUGUUAAAGCAAUUAUUUUUGUUACUAUUAUUUUGUUUUUUUUGUACAUAUUUUUAAUUAAGUAAUAUACUCUGAUUUUUGUUUCUUCUU